AUGUCAUCCUCUACUCUGUUGCAGUGGAGGUCUAUCAUGCGCGCAUCUCUUCCUGCUGCGUACCUGGACAAGCACUUGUGCUUUCAGCUCCUCGACUGCUGUCAGACGAAGGGAAAUCCGCACGAAACGGUGUCACGUGUUCGCCACACUGAGGUGCCAGUAGUGCGUCUCUACGGGGUCACCGCCGAGGGUUUCAGCGUGUUGGUACACUGCUACAACUACGAGCCAUACUUGUGGAUUGAGGCGCCACGGAACUGGCUUCCGGUGCAUUCGCAAGGGUUUGUGCGGGAGCUUAACAAUCAGCUUAGCAACCAGACUCGUCUGCAAGACACCGUCGUGCGGGUGGAGGUGCACCAGCGCCGCAGUCUCAUGUACUUCAAGGGCGGCCAGCUGGUGCCUCAUCUCAAGAUCGUCGUGCAGCUGCCGCAGCACAUCCCCAAGCUGCGCAGUCUCCUCUCCGACCGGGGCGUCUCGUGCCCUGGGGCGUGGGAUGGGAUUCGCAUCUUCCCGACCUUCGAGUCGAACGUGAUUUUUCCGCUACGCUUCCUCGUCGACAAUGAAAUUGGCGGCAGCAACUGGCUAACGCUGACUUCCGGAAAGUUCGUCUCUUGCCCUCUCAAGACGUCGACCUGUCAGAUUGAGGUGGCGUGUUCGCACGAGGAUGUGCAGAACCACGAACCACUUGGGGACUACUUGUCUAUUGCACCUUUUCGCAUCCUCUCCAUCGACAUCGAGUGCCAGGGGCGUAAAGGACUCUUCCCUGAGCCGGAGCAUGACCCUGUCAUUCAGAUUGCCAACUACUGUGUCGAGUACGGUCACGAGUCGGAGCCGCUCACGAAGACCAUCUUCACCCUGAAGAGCUGCGCACCAAUUGCCGGGGCGCAGGUGUUCUCAUACGAAACGGAGGCGGAUAUGUUGUUGGCAUGGGCUACCUUCAUGAAAGCACUCGACCCCGACAUUCUGACGGGCUACAACAUCUGCAAUUUCGAUUUCCCAUACCUGCUGAACCGCGCCACAGCCUUGAAGGCGAGCGAUGCGUUUCACUACUGGGGUCGACAAGUUCACGAGCGGACGGCGGCGCGCGACAAGAAGUUCCAGUCCAAGCAGAUGGGCAACCGCGAGUAUACGGAGCUGACCUUAGAGGGGCGCAUCAUCAUGGAUGCGAUGGUGGUGAUCCAGCGCGACUACAAGCUACGCUCCUACUCACUCAACUCCGUAUCACAGAACUUUCUUGGAGAGCAGAAGGAGGACGUGCACCACUCCAUCAUCUCAGACUUGCAGCAGGGCGACGAAGAAACACGCCGCCGCCUCGCCGUGUACUGCCUGAAGGAUGCGCUUCUUCCUGUGAAGCUGCUGGAUCGACUCAUGUGCAUCGUGAACAACGUGGAGAUGGCGCGCGUAACGGGUGUUCCGGUGGGGUGGCUGCUGGAGCGCGGCCAGCAAAUCAAGGUCUUCUCCAUGCUCCUGCGCAAGGCCCAGAAGAAAAAGCUGGUGGUGCCUACGGUCGAGUACACAGGCGGCAGCGAUCGCGGCUACGAGGGCGCGACCGUCAUUGACCCGAUCAAAGGCUUCUACAACUGCCCCGUCGCAACACUCGACUUCGCGUCGCUGUAUCCGUCUAUCAUCAUUGCGCACAACCUGUGUUACUCAACAUUGGUGCGCCCGGCGGACGCGAGGCUGUACCCGGAGGACGCACUCGAUCGAUCGCCCACGUCGGACGUCUUUGUGAAGAAAGACGUCUUCCCGGGUAUUCUUCCCGAGGUGCUACAGGACUUGCUGGCUGCCCGAAAACAUGCGCGGGCGAUGAUGAAGGAUGUGCCCAUGCACUCGCUCGAGUACAAGGUUCUGAACGGACGCCAGCUUGCGCUGAAGGUUAGCGCCAACUCUGUGUACGGCUUCACGGGUGCUCAGGUGGGCAAGUUGCCGUGCCUGGAGAUCAGCGCCUCCGUCACGGCGUAUGGUCGGCAGAUGAUUGACAAAACGAAGAACCUUGUUGAACAGCUAUACCCUGGCACGCGUGUGCUGUACGGCGAUACCGACUCUGUGAUGGUAAAGUGUGUCACCGAUGAGAAGGCGAGCGACAAGGAGCGUCUGCAGGCGGCCAUGGAUUUUGGCAUUGAGGCGGCGGAGAGGGUGUCCAGCGAUUUCCUCAAACCCAUUAAGCUCGAAUUCGAGAAGGUGUACUUUCCGUACCUACUCAUGAACAAGAAGCGUUAUGCAGGCUUGCUGUGGACGAACACGGAUCAGUUUGACAAGCUGGAUGCCAAGGGUAUCGAAACAGUGCGCCGGGACAACUGCCCUCUUGUCGCGCGCAUGGUAUCCGGGGUACUGAACCGCAUUCUAAUCCACCGCUCCGUUGAGAGCGCCAUCGAUUUUGUGAAAGGCACGAUCAGCGAUCUGCUGCUGAACCGGCUCGACAUCUCGAAUUUGGUGAUCACCAAGGCCUUCUCCAAGGCGGAGGAUGAAUACGCCGGUGCUCAGGCGCACAUUGCCCUUGUGGAGCGCAUGCGGCAACGAGACCCUGCAUCAGCGCCGACCAUUGGAGACCGCGUGGCGUACGUUAUUAUCAAGGCAGCAAAGGGCGCCAAGGCGUACGAACGGAGUGAGGACCCCAUCUACGUGCUCGACAACAAUAUCCCGAUCGACACACAGUACUAUCUCGAGCAUCAGCUGGCUCCACCGAUUUUGCGCGUGUUUGAAGGUGUACUGGAUGACCCCAGUGUGCUCAUCAAAGGCGAUCAUACGCGUCACAUUGCCAUCUCCGCCCCGAGCAAGAAUGCCGGUGGGUUGAUGAGGUUUGUGAAGGUCCAGCUGCAGUGCAUCUCGUGCCGCGCUGUCAUCAAAGAGGGCGCGUUGUGCGACAAUUGCCAAGAGAAGGCACCUGAGGUGUACGGCAAGAUUAUGGCGAAGCGCAACCACUACGAAGCAAUUUAUUCACAGGUGUGGACGCAGUGCCAGCAGUGCCAGGGAUCACUGCAUCAAGAGGUGAUCUGCUCUAGCCGCGACUGCCCGGUGUUCUACAUGCGCAAGAAGGUGCAGAAAGAUUUGCAUGAGCAACAGGCGCUCUUGGAUCGUUUUGGCGUUGUGGACGACUGGUAA